AUGGCAGCGCCAGCCGCUGCUGCGCUCCAGCAGCACCUGCUCCACCGUCCGAGGCGACGAAUGUGGUUUACAAGAAGAAGCGUUCUAAACUCUCGCCAGAGUCGGCUCCUAGUCUUGGCGACCUCCUCGUCUUCAUCAUCGCCUCCCCCUUCCCCAGGAGCGAAGACGGAAACGGCCGAGAGCUGCGUUAACGUUGGACUCUCCCUCUUCUCCAAAGGAAGGGUAGGUGGGGCACAAGACGUCGACUGACCGGUUGAUCUCCCUUCUUUUACACACUCGCUCAGUUGUUAUUAUCACCCUGUCGUCGCUGGUUGUAUUGGAUACUGGUAGUCCCCAAUGGGAUUUUUAAUUUAAUAUUGAUAUCAGUACCCUCUAAUGAGGGGUUUCGUAUCUCGUUCAUAUGGGAAAUUACUGUUUGGUUACUUACGGAUCGUUAAAUUGUUAAAUUUCCCUUUAACUGCCUCUAUCUGACUUUUUAUUCCUUUGAAAAAUUUGUUAUUUAUUCAAACUCCUUUUUUAGAGAACGUGAAAUAUGUCGCAAAGGCCUGCUGAUAUAUUAAUUCAUUUUAUUCGAUGCCUUUGUGCCUCAAGACAAUAUUAUCCUGAGGUGUUGAUCGCAGAAUUCGGAUGUCUUAUUACUUUAAUUUAUUUAAUCAUCUCUUUUCUCGUAUCAUUUUAUCCGCGUGCAUAUGACUUAAGCAAGGAAAACUGCCUAGCGCACUUUGGAAUCUUAGGAAGAGGAAAAGGUGGGACUGCUUCCAGAACCCCAAAAAUGAUCAGAGUGAAGUGUCUGAUUAUGCCUGUGGAAAAUUCAAUUAACAGUGAUCGUCUUUAUACCUCAUGUUUCUAUUGGAAUCUUAGUUUUGAGAAUUGGAUGGGCCCAAAACUGCGCCAACAAAAUCCCUAUAUCAUAGUUCAGAUAUUUUCACAGCUUUGCCUACUCUGAACACAUUUAGGUAAUCGUAAUUCAAAUUUUUUCAACCAGGCUAGAUGAAUUUUUAUGCACCUAACUGAGUUAGGUACCUCUAGAAAAAAAUACAUGUUUUCGGAUCUCAAGCAUGAACCCAUCUAGAAAUGGGAUAAGCUUCGAGGAUGGCAUGGCAUUCAAACCUGAGCCAAGGAAGAGGGUAGACUAAUAUGUGGCGGCUUUUUGGGGACACUGCCUACUGAUAGGGACGAAGAGAAUGGAGUAGGAACUGGUAUUUCUUUUUGUAUUAAGCUCCCAGGCUUUUUUUGUAUCCUUGAAUCAUUUACCUUGUUUCUUGUUUUUGAUCUGGGAUUAAUGAUCAUUUUUUUACCUGUGUGAUUUUCUACAAAUUAUAUGUAAUGUUUGCUUGCAUACAAUUAUGAUCGUAUAUUUCUAGCUCUUGGGCUUAACGUUGCUCAUUUCUGUCAAUAAUUCUGAUGGAGACAAUGAUUUGGCUUCCCUGUCGCCAGAUUUGGUGAUGUCACCUGAUAAUGAUGGGAAUUCAAUAUUAAAUUAUUUGACCUUAUUGCUGCUCGACUAAUUAAAAUCAAUAAGGUCAUUCAAUAUUGCAUGAGGUGCAGGUGUGUAAUUGAUAAGAACACCGAUCAAAGAACUACGAAUAAUUCGUAUUAGAUGAAAGAAAUAAUCUCUAGAACAGAAAUACCAAAGAUAAAGUACAAUAAAAGAACCUAGAACAGAUGGAGGGUCGCAUACAACCUUAGAACCCAUAACUGAUGGAGGGUUGCAUACAACCCUCCAACCCUUUCUCAUAGAUGCAUGAGAUACUAACUCUCAUUUCCCCCCCCCCCUCCUUCCUGAUCUAUCCAUCCUUAUAUCCUCUCCUUUCCCUCUCUUAUUUAGGUAGUUAGUCUCCUGCCAUAACUGUUCUUGCCAUAACCACUCUUUGCCAUAACUGUUCCUUGUCAUAUUGUUCAUUGCCAUAACUGUGCCUUCCCUUAAUCAUGCUAACUGUUAUUGACUUAUUGAGCUUUGUGCCUUCUUCCUUCUAACAUAUGUGCGUGGAGCCUUAUCAAUACUUCCCCUCAUGAGCUUCACUUUGUCCUCAAGAUGGAAGUUUGAAAAUUGCUGGUGGAGGGAUGAAACUAGUUCCCACAUAGCUUCAAAAUCAAGGAGAUCAGCCCAUUUGACCAAGACUUCUGUGUCAAAAGAGAAAUUCCGAAUGGCGAGGAUACACAUUUCAUACCAAAGUGUCAGUCAAUAUGCCCGAAAUUGGUUGACAAUAAGUAGAAUUCUCUAGUGCUUUGUGAAGUUGAGAAAUGUGAAAAUUGGGUGAAUAGUUAUGGAGUUGGGAAGUUCUAAUUUGUAUGCCACCUUGCCAAUGUGCUCCUAUAUAGGGUAAGGUCCAAAAAAUCUAGGACUCAAUUUUUCAUUAGCUUUCUUGGCCAAUGAUUUCGUACAAUAAUGUCGGAGCCUGAUAUAAACCAAAUCGCCCACUUGAAACUCUAUGUCUUGUUGAUGUUUGUUGGCUUGUGCUUUCAUCUUGAACUGUGCGGCCAAUAGAUGUUCCUUGAGAAGUUGAAGUGUAUCAUCCCUUUCUUUUAGAUACGUGUCGACUAUAUUAAUUGGUGACGUAGGAGAUCCAUAACAUGUAAGUAUGGGAGGGUCUUGUACAUACACUGCUUUAAAAGGGGUCAUCUUGAUGGCAAAAUGAUGAGAAGUGUUAUAACUAAGUUCAGCCCAAUGUAACCAAUUACCCCAUAACUUAGGUUUAUCAUAAGUAAAGCAGCGGAGAUAAUUCUCUAAGCUUUGGUUCACCACCUCAGUUUGCCCAUCUGUUUGUGGGUGAUAGGAAGAACUCAUUUUCAAUUCUAUGCCUUGAAGUUUGUUGAGUGCUUUCCAAAAAGUGUUGGUAAAUAUAGUCCCUCUGUCAGUCACAAUAGAUUUUGGAAUGCCAUGCAGCUUGACGAUUUUCUUUGUAUAGAUCUGGGCAAUGUCUUUGGCUGUGAAGGAAUGUUUGAGGGGUAUAUAGUGGCCAAAUUUGCUGAGUCUGUCUACUAUGAUGAGAAUGGAGUCAUAGCCUUUGGAUUUAAGUAGACCUUCUAUAAAAUCCAUGGAGAGGUCUUCCUAGAUCAUAUUCGAAAUAGGCAGGGGCUGCAAAAGUCCUAUUAGUGACAAGGUCGAAACCUUAUUCAAUUGACAAAUAGUGCAUUCAUUAAUAUACUGUUUAAUCAUUUUCUUCAUGGCAGGUCAAUAGACGUGCUGAGCAAUUCGUUGGUAUGUUUUUAAAAAUUCAGCAUGACCUCCCAAUGGGGUUAUCAUGAAAUUCACGUAGUAAUGUAGAGAGAAGAGUGGAUGUAAGAGGUAACAAUAGUCGGCCUUUGUAGAGAAGUAACCUUUGUUGAAUUGAGUAAUGUGAAAAAGAAGUUGAGCCUUCUAUGGGUGUGAUUUUGAUUUUGGAUAGUUGUGAGUCAUCGUCCAAUUCUUUGUUGAUUGUGGUUACAUCCACUCCUUGUGUAAUGCACAUGGGUGCUACCACUGCUUUGCCUAAUUGUGGUGCUCUAGAUAGUGCAUUUGCAACUGAAUUUUUUUUGUGUUCCUUAUAUUGUAUUUGAAAAUUAAAUCCCAUUAGUUUAGUGAUCCAUUUGUGAUAUUCUGAGUGAAUGUCCUUUUGGUCGAACAAGAAUUUCAAACUAUAUUGGUCUGUCUGAAUGAUGAAAGGAUGGAGCAUGAGAUAAUGCUUCCAUUUCUUGACUGCCAUCACAAUGGCAAUGAGUUCUCUUUCAUAGGUUGACUUUAGACAAGAGUGUGCCUUGAAAGCAUGACUGAAAUAAGCUACUGGUCGUCCUUCUUGCAUCAAUAUUGCACCUAUGUCAUGCCUUGAAGCAUCUGUUUCAACUAUGAAUUUCUGAGAGAAAUUAGGUAGGGCCAAAACUGGUGUGAAAGUCAUUGCCACUUUCAGCUUAUGGAAAGCUUCUUGAGCAUCAGAGUCCCAAUGAAAAGAAUUUUUCUUGAGCAAUUUAGUCAGGGGCCAUGAUAAAGUGGUAUAACAUUUGACAAACCGGUGAUAAUAGUUAGUCAGUCCUAAGAAUCUUCAUAAUGCUUUCAAAUUCUUAAGAGUAGUUCAGUCCCAUAUUGUUGAAAUUUUUCCUUGAUCUGUAGAUACUCCCUCUACAGAAAUCCAUUCGCCGAGGUAUUCUAAUUGAGAUUGUUUGAAUUGAUAUUUUUUUUCAUUGACAUAAAGGCUAUUAGCUGCAAGAAUAAGGAAGACAUUAUCCAAAUGUUCAUCAUGUUCUUUACGAGUCUUGCUAUAUACCAUGAUAUCAUCCAAAAAUAUCAAUACGAAUUUCUGUAGAUAAGAUCUGAAUAUAUCAUUCAUUAAGUAUUGAAAUGUGACUAGGGCAUUAGAGAGCCCAAAUGGCAUAACCUUGAAUCCGUAGUGAACCUCAUGGGUCUUGAAAGCAGUUUUCUGAAUGUCUUCUUGUUUCAUACGGAUUUGAUAGUAACCAGACUUCAAAUCUAGUUUAGAAAAAAUCGACAUUCCAUGCAGCUCUUCCAGUAACUCAUUGACAAUAGGAAUAUGGAACCUGUUUGGAACCGUGGAUUUAUUUAAGGCCAUGUAAUCAAUAUAGAAUUGCCAACUGCCAUCCUUUUUUUUUUACUAGUCAGGGGCUAGCAAAUAAACUUUUAGAGGGUUGAAUGAUGCCUGCAGUACAUAGCUUAUGGACAAGUCGUUCUAUUUCAUCCUUCUGAAAUUGUGUGUACCUGUAGGGUCGUAGAUUAAUAGGCUGAAUACCUGGUAAUAAAUUGAUGGCAUGAUCAACUAUUCUUUCUGGAGGAAGCCCUGACAAGGUUUCAAAGACUUGUGGUAACUGUUUCUGCAGUUUGACUAUUAUCUAAUGAGGAGCUAAAAUUUAGUGCGGUGCUAGACAAUUGGUGUAAUUCUACUACACAUAUUUGGCUUCUUUUUAAUUCACGUUUUACUGCUUUGAAAGAUAUUGCUGUUUUGUUUAAACUUGCAUCCCCACUAAUGGUCUAGAUUGUGUUGUUGAGCAUAGAUUUCAUGAUUAAUUGCCCAUAGUGUGAAUGUAUCCACCCCAGUGUUUUAAGCCACUGCAUUCCUAGUAUGAUAUCUAUGCUACUCAAAUUCAAGGGAAGGAAAUCUUGAAUAAUGAGGAGAUCUUGGAUUUUGAGUGGAAUGUUAUGGCAUAUCCCAUGACCUUACAUGGUAUGCCCAUUGCCCAUUACAGUACCAUAGCUGUGGAAUUCACCGACAGGUAAAGAUAGCUCUUCUUGCAACUUAUUGCAUAUGAAAUUGUGGGUAGCACCAGUGUCUAUAAGAACGGUUACCUAUUGAUUUAUGCAUGAUGCCUUUUACCUUCAUAGUCUUGUGUUGAGUCAAUCCCAUGACAGAGUUUAAUGAGACAUGGGCUGUGAAUAGAGUACCUUCCUCUUGUGAGCAAUGCUUCAAUAGAGCCCAAUCUUCCUCUUUGAAGUCUUCUUGGGACUUCUCCUCCUCUUAGACAAUGAGUAUAUUAAGGUCUUGCCUGCAUCUAUGGCUUGGUCCAAACCUGUCAUUACAAUAGAAACAUUAUCCUUUGUUGCAUCUUUCUUGUAGUUCAACUUCUGUCAAUUGUAUCUGUCUUCUAUUUCCCCAGUUAUUGCUCAUAUUUCGUGGAGUAUAUGUGGACGUCCCAUCUUUAUUUGAGGCACUAGCUGUGGUCACUUAGGUUUUCUCCAAAUUAGAUUGCUCAUUUCUGAAAUUAGAUAUCAGAGGAAGUCUUUGUUGGUCUGGAGUACAAGCAGCAAUGACAUGUUUGGGUGGUCGUGGUUGUUCUUGCUUCCAUGCUUGCCAUAGAGUACGAAUAUGAGCUUCGGCCUGUACUGAAGUAUCCAUAAUUUCACGUAACCCAAUAGGCUUGGACAUAGAUAAUUUUGAUUGGAUCUCAAGCUUGAGUCCUUUCAAAUAUGUAUGCUCCAGUAUUUCUGUUGGUAUGUUCAGAAGAUAGGUUGAGAGUCGUUCAAACUCUGCCCUAUAUUCUAAUAUGGAACUCUCUUGUUUCAGGUUCAAAAGUUUUUGAUAUGUGUUGUUAGCUGCUGAUGAACCAAAUCGACCACUAAGUUGGAUUUUAAAAUCAUACCGGUCACGGAAUGGAAAGCGAUCUUCCAUCCACAUAUACCAAUCCAGGGCAUCACCCUCGAUGCUCAACAUUAUUGCUUUUAAACGAUUGUGUUCUGGUGUUUGGUUAAUACGGAAAUACCUCUCAGCCCGUUGUAAUCAUCCAUCUGGAUUAUCACCAAUGAAAUUUGGAAGCUCAGUCCAAUGGUUGGGCUUGUAAAUGCCCUCCCUUUGCUCCGGAUUUUGAAGUGGUGUGGUUCUGAUUGUCUGUGAAACUACUCUGGUGGAGAUUCAUGUGGUAAGCGUGUCAUCAAAGCUGCUAGUUGUUGGGUGAGUUGUUGUAACAUUUCUUUUGUACCCCUAUUGUCUUCCUUAAGAGCUUCGAGAUCAGCUUCCAGAGAUUCCAUCCUCGCAAUAGUAAGCCCUUUAACCAUACAGGAAUAGCCCAAUUUGGCUUUGAUACCAGUUGAUAAGAACCCAGAUCAAAGAAUUACGAAUAAUUCGUAUUAGAUGAAAGAAAGAAUCUUUAGAACAGAAAUACCAAAGAUAAAGUACAGUAAAAGAAUCCAGAACAGAUGGAGGGUUGCUCAAUCAUGCUAACCGUUAUUGACUUAUUGGGCUUUGAGCCUUCUUCCUUCUAACAUAUGUGCGUGGAGCCUUAUCAGUAAUAUGGGUAGGUCAUUUUUGUUGAUUUUUUAACUCAUGUAAUCCUUGACUAUUCGGCAUUCCUAUACCAUGAUAGUAACAAAAAUAAUCUUGUACGUUGAUAAUGGUCCUCGUAAAUAUUCUAGGUAAAGGAAGCACUUGCUCAAUUUGAAAAUGCACUUGAACUGGAUCCAAAUCCUGUGGAAGCUCAAGCAGCUUUGUAUAACAAGGCUUGCUGUCAUGCUUACAGGUAGUGUUCACAGUAAGUAUAUGGGGUAGCUUGUUGAUUUUAUUAGAUGAUUUGGGUUUUGAUCUAGUCUUUUAUUUUAUGAAUUCAGGGGGGAAGGCAGGAAAGCGGCAGAGUGUCUGAGGGUGGCUCUCCGAGACUACAAUCUCAAGUUCAGCACAAUCCUUAAUGAUCCUGACCUGGCCUCCUUCAGAACCUUACCAGAGUUCAAAGAAUUGCAAGAAGAGGUAAUUGAUUUCUCUGUUAGCAAGCUUCCAUUGUCAUACUAUCAGUUUUUUUGGAUUCUUAAGUUUCUCUGUUAUGUAGUUAUUAUCACGUUUUUGACUGGAAUAUCCUUCAUUUGAUUCAGUAACUGACUUACAAAAUCAUCAUCUUCUAGUUCAAUAUCUUUCUAAUAGCGAUGUUCAAAAUCUUCACAGGCAAGACGUGGUGGCGAGGAUAUAGGAUAUGGUUUUAGGAGAGACUUGAAGCUCAUUAGUGAGGUCCAAGCACCGUUUCGUGGUAUCAGAAGAUUCUUCUAUGUGGCAUUUACUGCAGCAGCUGGAAUUGCCACCUUUUUUACUGUGCCUAGACUUUUACAUGCGAUUAAUGGUGGAGAUGGUGCUCCUGACUUGUUGGAGACUGCUGGAAAUGCUGCUGUCAACAUUGGAGGUAAAUAUUUUUCCUCAGAAAAAUACCAGAUGUAAUUGGGUGGAUGCAUCACUGAAGCUUAGUAGGAGACUUUAUUCCUUUAUCUUUGGCAUAUUAAAAUUUUCUCCUUUAAGCACUUCCACAUGAUUCAGAAAAAUGUAUAUGUUCACUUGUGGAGUUUAGAUUAAUGUUCAUGCCCAAAGGUAGAAGCAAACACAUUGUAGUACAUGUAAAUUUCGUCUUCUUUGUACCUUGCAUCUCUUUCUUUCAACAUGGAAAUAAACUGCUUGGAAUGAGGCACAUAUCUUCACGUACAGAUUGUUAAGAUUUUACUAGUCCUUACUAGCGAGUGAUUAUUUUAAAUUUUAUGAAUAAAUUCAUCUACCACCUUUUUGAAACUGUGAAGUAACCUGCUUUGUCCUCAUUUCUCUUAGUUGGAUGUUCUUUAUUAUCUUUAUCGGUCAACUAUGGGAGUGAUUAGAAUGCAUCCUCUUGAUGUCAGCCUUUUCUUAGGAGAGUACCACAGAUGUGAUGUGACAGUGAAUUGAGAAAACAGGUUUUGAUAAGCAUGGGAAUCUAUUAGUAUUACGAUUACUUCUUUUAGCUCCUAUAAAUUUCUUAUUUGAACAAGUAUCACAAGUUGGGUCUUAUCAUUUUAUUUAUACAUUGAUUAAAAUUUUAAAUCAGCUCUUCACAGGUAUUGCUGUUCUUGUGGCAUUGUUUAUCUGGGAUAACAAGAAGGAAGAGGAGCAGCUUGCACAGAUAACACGGGAUGAAACACUUUCAAGAUUGCCUUUGCGCCUUUCAACAAAUAGAAUUGUUGAACUCGUGCAACUUCGGGACACUGCGAGGCCAGUUAGUAUCAAAUAUUUUAUUUCAUACAUAGAUUAAGCUGAUCAUUAGUUUUUACUAGCUGGAGGUACUUGAUGGUCGGCAGACUUGCAUGUAACUAUUUACAAUAAUUUAAAUUUAUUAGUUAUUAUUGUACUCUCACUUUUGAUAGGAUUUUCUAAUCAAUAACUUCAGGUUAUUCUCGCAGGAAAAAAGGAGGUGGUGUCAAAUGCGAUUGAGAAGGCAGAGAGGUUUCGGACUGAGCUGCUUCUACGAGGUAUUCUCCUAGUCCCUGUUGUCUUGGGUGAAGGGCAAAGGACUUCCAUUGAGAGUAAAGGCUUUGGCGUUCCCACAAAAGCAGCAACAUCGCUUCCUUCCAUUGGGGUAAGCCAGCUUCUCAGUAUUUUCUUAUUUUUUGGUUAUGAGAUUCAAUAAGUCAGUCUUUCAGAGUUUUGGGCUAAAUUAUGGCUUUAAUAACUUGAUACAGAGCAUAUGCUGCCCUAGUCUUAUUUUUCAAUGCAACUUUGCAAACAUCAAAUGCAGACUUUACCUUAGUUUUAUGUUAUAAGAAAGUUGAGUAUUAUUCCUUGGGCGAAUUUCGCUGUAUACAAGCCUUCCAGACUAAACAUCAUCAUAUAAAUAGUUUGUUUGCUGUCUUUGUCUAGAGUAUGGAAAAAAUAUUCAAAAUCCAAAAAUGUGGAGAAGAAAGUUCAAUGUCCACACUCUUGUAUGAGCGGAAAAUCUGAAAAAAUAAUUUCAAUUUUAAAUAAGUUCAUCACAGAUAAGAGCUUUUACUUGAUGCAAGCAGCAUAUUUACUCCAAUAAAACGAUGUCCAACCGAGGAGGGGGAGCAUCGACGACCAUGCCUCAUUUCCUAGCACAUAUAAGUUCGAGCCAUUCGAAUCAAUGAUUGCACUUCCUCAUCUUGAACUUCAUCUUGUAACUGUCUUCUAAAGAGCAUUCAUGACAGGCAUGCCCAUAAGUUCUCUUGCACUUGCAAAUGGCAUCCUUUUGAUGUCCUACUGAGUGCCACCUUUUUUUUAUAUGAUUUUAUGGUUGUCAAAAAUCGUUCUGUAUGAAAUGUCUAAUCCGAUGCUACUCCUUUAUUGUAUCUUUAGUUUUUUCCGUAGGAAAAAUUUGGUUGAUCUUUCAAAAUAAAUUUUGACACUCUGAUGGCAUCAUUUUAGGAUGACUUUGAUAAAAGAGCUCAAUCUAUUACUGCAAAAUCUCGUUUGAAGGCUGAGGUGCGAUUUAGAGCUGAGAUCGUAUCACCCAAUGAGUGGGAAAGGUCACGUUCUUUCUUUAUUAUUGAUGCUUUAUUCCGAUUUUUUCGUCGGCCGUUCCAUUUGUUUAUGUAUAUUUUGUCUCAUUUUGAGUAUCCAUGUGCCAAUUCAUUUCAAAUUUGUCAUCCAUUUCAAAUUUGUUUGUUUUCUAACUUCAAAAAAACGUUUGAUGCUCAUCUAUUCAAUGAGUAAAUGCAGUCAGAUUUGUUGAUCUCUUUAUUUCCCGAAUUGCUUUAUACCCUCCCCCCCCCCGGUUUGCUUCAACUUUAACCUGUGUCAAGACGGGUGGGUACAGGUUCACGGACUAGGAAUUUAUUGUUCAGGGUCAUGAAAAAAUUAUCCCUGUUUGAAUCUCGAUCUAAUGCAUCAUCAGCCUCAACCUUGAUCUUUGCCUGUGCCGCCAUUUCGUCCUACGUGAUAGAAACCGUUUUUCGUGCCCUCUUACUGAGUCUUGAGAUUGAAGAGAUGGGCUGAAUAUUCUCUCCCCCUUCAUGUCGUUCUGAAGAAUGCCAUUUAAGAUUACCUUGACACAGUAAGAGCACACCUCGGUCUCAGUUUCCAGCUUAUGUUUAUUUCCGAGGUAGGCUUUGUCUUUAGCUGGUGUGUUAACUAACUGUUAACCUUUGAGAAAGAAAGAGCAAUAUUUGGAGGAAAGAUUCUUCCUGUCGAACAAGAGUCUGAAGGGGAUUCACCCCCUUCGUAGGAUGUAAACCCUCUAGAAUUCCUCAUGGCUCACCUCUUACUAAAUCAUUCCACAGUAUCAGGCUGUUCUGUCAGGUUUGAUUCCGUUUGUGGCUUAGGGUUCUUAUCUAUCUUCUAGGUCUUUAGUUGAGAGACAUCUACAGUGUCUUCUGUGGAUCUACAUUUGUAUUUGGUUUAAAUUUUACCAUUUCUGUUUACACUUAAUAUUUCCGGCCGUUCCCUUUUGAAAUGAAACCAGAACCGAGUGUUACAUCUGGUAAAGUGUUGACUGUGGAACUGAGCAUCUCGUGUCUCCUCCAUCUGAGUUUCAUCUGUCGCUCUCUGAUGAUCCUCCAGGUGGAUCUCUGAGCAACCGGGUCUCGAACCCGGAGAGGAUGUAUACAUAGUGCUGCGUCUUGACGGACGUGUUAGAAGAUCUGGGAAGGUAAUGAAAAUCAAAAUCACCACUUUCAGAUGAUCUUUCAGUCUUCUCACAUUGAAUCGUGUGAAUCACCGCUUUCAGAUUAACAUAUGAGCUGGUAUAUUUAUUCUCAGUGUCACUAUUCCUGCAUUCUUUUAUGGUAGAUCCCGCGUUGACUUUUCUAUCCUCCUAUUCCCUGCAGGGAAUGCCCGAUUGGCAGCAGAUAGUGAAGGAGGUGCCUCCGAUGGAAGCUCUUCUUAGCAAAUUAGAAAGAUGA